AUGACCGACGCGAAAGCUGAAUACAAGGUCGCCAUUGAUGACGGCAAACCAACAUCCCCACCACCACCACCACCAUCAACAGCACAAGGUCCAUCCAUUGUAGCUCCCUCCAUUUUCACACUCUCUCCUGGCAUGCGUGCUGCAUUACCCAUUGCCAGCUAUUGUUUCGCUAGCAUCUUGAUGACAGUGACCAACAAAUAUGUGGUUAGCGGCUAUGGCUUCAACAUGAACUUUUUAUUGCUCACAGUCCAGAAUGUGGUGACCGUAGCACUAUUGCAGACCUUCAAGUUCCUAAAUCUGAUCAAGUUUCGAGAUUUCGACAAGGAUGAGGCACGCAAGUGGUUCCCUAUUGCUGGUGCUUUGGUCACUAUGAUUUACACUGGUUCCAAGUCGCUCCAAUAUCUGAGGAUCCCCAUCUAUACUAUCUUCAAGAAUUUGACUAUUAUCUUGAUUGCCUAUGGUGAAGUCCUUUGGUUUGGCGGCAACGUUACGCAGAUGAUGCUUAUUUCAUUUGGAUUGAUGGUUCUAUCAUCAUUGAUUGCAGGCUGGGCUGAUGUAUCAGAAACGCUUUCCGAGAUUGCACGCAUGGAUACGACUUUGAUCGGUUACUUUUGGAUGGCUACCAACUGCUUUUCAUCUGCCGCCUUUGUCCUUUACAUGAGAAAACGCAUCAAGCUUACCAACUUUAAGGACUUUGAUACCGUGUACUACAACAAUCUUUUGUCGAUCCCCCUCCUUAUCAUUCCAUCAUUGAUCUUUGAGGAUUGGAGUGCAGAGAACUUUGAACGCACCUUCCCUGAGGAAAUUCGUUCCCAAAUGAUUUAUGCCAUGAUCUUUUCGGGUGCUUCUGCCUUUGCCAUGUCGUAUGCAUCAGCCUGGUGCGUUCGUUCCACUUCUUCCACCACCUAUUCCAUGGUUGGUGCUCUCAACAAGUUGCCCAUUGCCGCUUCUGGUAUCCUCUUUUUCGGUGAUCCUGCUACGUUUGCCAAUGUGACAGCUAUCAUUAUCGGUUUCAUUGCAGGUCUCGUUUACUCAUAUGCCAAGACUACUGGUAGCAAGCCCAAUCAAAAUCAGCCUCAAAGCAUUCCUAUGUCUUCCUCAAGCCAAAGUGCAGCGGAUGCAGCCAAGGCUAAUGGUUAA